AAAAAAACCUGCCGAAAAAAGAAAAAGGAGGAUGUUAGGGUUUUUGAGAAGAACAUAAAACCCUGAAACUUGAGAGUCUUAAGUUCUUUCCGCCAGAAUUUGCAGAGAGACGACAACACCAUUUUUUUCAUCACCAUCCGUCUGAUCUCUCUAUCAGGUAAGCCAUGGUGAGGCAUAAUAAUGUUGUGCCUAAUGGCCAUUUCAAGAAGCAUUGGCAAAACUAUGUCAAGACUUGGUUCAAUCAGCCAGCUCGCAAAACUAAAAGAAGAGUUGCUAGACAAAAGAAGGCUGUGAAAAUCUUUCCUCGCCCUACUGCUGGACCCCUUCGUCCUGUUGUUCAUGCCCAGACCUUGAAGUACAACAUGAAACUCAGGGCUGGUAAGGGGUUUUCCCUUGAGGAGCUUGAGGCAGCAGGUAUAACGAAGAAGCUUGCUCCAACAAUUGGCAUAGCUGUUGAUCACAGGCGUAGGAAUCGUUCCCUUGAAUCCCUUCAAACGAACACCCAGAGGUUGAAGACCUAUAAAGCCAAGUUGGUUGUAUUCCCCAGAAGGGCACGGAAAUUUAAGGCUGGUGAUUCAGCUCCUGAGGAGUUGGCAACAGCCACCCAAGUCCAAGGUGACUUCAUGCCGAUUAUACGUGAAGCUCCAAUUUCCGAGCUUGUUAAGGUUACUGAUGAGAUGAAGUCCUUUAAUGCAUACGCCAAGCUUCGUUUGGAGAGAACAAAUGAGCGCCACAUGGGUAUUCGAUUGAAGAGGGCUGCUGAAGCCGAGAAAGAAGACAAGAAGUAGAGAAUAAUAUUUUGAUACGACCAUUUUUUGAUUUUUACCUCUUUGUUGAUCUUGUGUUUGCUUCAGCUGGUGUUUUUUAUACUCUUUUUACUGUGAGUUUCAUAUCCAUGAUUUCAGAACUGGUAUUUAUUUUAUCGGGUGUUUUAAUGAAUAAUGAUUGUCAGGUGCGGAUGUGUGUAUGUGAUGUUGAGCAAAAGAAGGUAGAGUUGAAUAUAUUAUGAAAUUUAUCCAUUUGUUUUCA